GAGAUGACGUCAGAUAACUGUUGAGUUUAUUAAACUCAAUUACUUCAAGAUUAAGAAAAAGUGAUGAAGUAGGUGCAUCACCUAGUUAUUAUACGUGGAUGAUUUUUGUUUCCUCAUGGCUACAUGAAAGCCACGUACCAUAUUGAUAAUUAGGUGGUGUAGGUAGUGGAUUACAUUUGUUUUCUUCCUAAUUAAGCUAUGAUGAUGUGUAUUGUAGCUAGCUAGUUUUGAAUCUCUAUAAAUAGGGGUAGUAGUAGUUUAAUGUAAUCAAUCAAGAGAAAAGGAAGUGGUGAAUUGAGAGAAAGAGCCGUAGCUCAUAGAUAAACAGUGAGAGUUUGUAGUGCUGAAGCACAUCUUUUUGUUUUUGUAUUUUGUAAUCCUUUUGUGAGAAGCUUAUUAAUACUUAUCCUCCAUAUUUCAUCCUUGUUGAGUGCUCCUAUAUUUUGUGUGUCAAAUAUCCAACAAAUCUGGUAUCUAGAGCCACUCGAUCCUACCUAUGGCGACAACGUUGAAUAUGGUUCAACCCCAGAUUCCCAAAUUAGAGAAACACAAUUAUGGGAAUUGGAGUAUUCAGAUGCGAGUCUUGUUGCAAUCACAAGAGUUGUGGGAUAUUGUUCAAGACGGCUACACCGAACCUGUCUCCCAAGAAGCCGAAGAUGCCCUGACAAACAACCAGAAGAACGCCCUCAAAGAUGCAAGGAAACGAGACAAGAAGGCAUUGUUCAAUAUCUAUCAAGGUAUUGAUGAAACCACGUUCGAGAAAGUAAGUGCAGCCACCACGUCAAAACAAGCCUGGGAGAUUUUGAAGAAUUCUUUCACUGGUAUUGAUAAGGCGAUACGAGUUCGACUGCAGAUCCUACGUGGCGAGUUCGAAAGUUUGACCAUGUCUGAAACGGAGAGCAUUUCAGACUAUUUCGCAAGAACAUUAGUUAUUGUGAAUCAAAUGAAACGGCAAGGAGAGAUAGUUGAAGAUGUUCGUGUCAUUGAGAAAAUUCUUCGUUCCUUGACGUCAAAAUUUGAGCACGUCAUUGCGGCUAUCGAAGAAUCAAAAGAUCUCAACACUAUGUCAAUCGACCAGUUACAGAGCAGCUUGGAAGUCCACGAGCAACGCAUGAAGAAAAAGACAACUCCGUCACUUGAGCAUAUGCUACAAGCAAAGAUGUCGAUACAAGAAGACAAGAAGUUUGAGCCUGGGACAUCACGUGGCGGAUACAACCGAGGUAGAAGCCGAGGACGAGGCUAUCGUGGCCGAGGAGGACGCGGCCAAAAUUAUCAUUACGAAGGAGGACGUGGCCAGAAUUACCAAAAUCGAGGAGGACGAGGUCAGAAUUAUCAAAAUGAGGGAGGACGUCAAAAUUCCACCUAUCGAGGCAGAGGUCGGAAUUCUUAUGGACAACGAGGACGAGGAAGAGGACAAUACAGAGGCGGUUAUUCUCAAACCUAUAAUCAACCAGGGUUUGAUAAAGCAAAUGUCGAGUGCUAUACUUGUCACGAAUUCGGGCAUUACAGCUAUGAAUGUCCAACAGCCGGAAAUACCAGAUCCAACCAACAAGUCCAUUAUGCCGAUGGUGGAGACAAUAAUGAGCAGGUAAUUUCAACCUCUCUUUUUACUCAUAAAGGACUUGAGGGUGAUCAGUGCAGCACGUGGUACUUGGAUACUGGAGCUAGUAACCACAUGUGCGGGAACAAGGAACUCUUCGUGGAGCUGAAGGAGACAUCUUAUGGGGAUGUUACUUUUGGAGAUUCCUCCAAAGUAGCGGUGCAAGGAAAAGGUAAUAUCUUGAUUAAGUUGAAGAAUGGAAAUCAUGGUUUUAUAUAUGACGUCUAUUAUGUGCCUGCUAUGAAGAGCAAUAUUUUGAGCCUUGGUCAAUUGCUGGAGAAAGGAUUUGAUGUUAAUAUCAAGAAUUCUUAUUUGUCUAUCAAUGAUGCUCGAGGUAGUUUGGUUGCCUGUGUGAAGAUGUCCAAAAAUAGAUUAUUUGCAUUGAACAUGAAACAUGAUAUGUUGAAGUGCAUGAAUACUAUUGUUAAAGAUGAAUCGUGGUUAUGGCAUUUGCGUCUUGGACAUCUGAAUUUUGGUGGUUUGAAGCUUUUGUCUUCAAAGAAUAUGGUGUUUGAAGAAGCUCAAACAUGGAGCUGGGAGGAUAAAAAAGUUGCAAGCUCGUCAGAAAUUGUACCUGAUCAGCAAGAAGAUGCACGUGAAGUUGAAGAACCUGAUUCACCAACAUCAUCUCAAGGUCCAGUCGGAAGGCCAAGAAGGAUGUGCAAUCUGAACGAUAUAUAUGAAGCUACCGAAGAAGUUGAUGAAGCCGUGGAGGAAAAUGUGAAUCUUAUUUGUUUUUAUAUGGAUGCUGAUCCUAUUGCUUAUACAGAUGCUGCACAAGAAAUGAAAUGGAAGAUUGCAAUGGAUGAAGAAAUCAAUGCGAUUGAGAAAAAUGAUACUUGGUCGUUGACAACACUGCCAGAAGGCCGAAAAGCAAUUGGUGUGAAAUGGGUGUUCAAAACAAAGAAAAAUGCCAAUGGUGAAGUGCAAAGGUACAAAGCGAGGUUAGUGGUGAAAGGAUAUAAGCAGAAGGCCGGAAUUGAUUAUAGUGAAGUCUUCGCUCCUGUUGCUCGUCUUGAGACGAUCAGAUUAUUUAUCUCGCUGGCAGCCCAACACAAUUGGAAGAUUUAUCAGCUCGAUGUGAAGUCGGCUUUUCUAAAUGGUUUUCUUGAAGAAGAAAUUUAUGUGGAGCAACCUGAAGGUUAUGUGAAACGAGGAGCUGAGAAUAAAGUUUACAGAUUGAAGAAAGCUUUGUACGGGCUCAAGCAAGCACCUCGUGCAUGGAAUUCCAGAAUUAAUGAGUAUUUUCUGAAGAAUGGUUUCGUGAAGUGUCCCUAUGAACAUGCUCUAUACUUGAAGAAAGAUGCUAAAGGUAACAUGUUAUUCGUUUGCCUAUAUGUCGAUGAUCUUAUUUUUACUGGAAAUUGUGAAACAAUGUUUCAUACCUUCAAGAAGAGCAUGAUCAAGGAGUUCGAGAUGACGGACAUUGGUUUGAUGGCACAUUUUCUGGGAAUUGAGGUAGUACAAAAUGAAGAUGGGAUAUUUAUCUCUCAAAGCUCAUUUGCAAAACAAAUCUUGGAGAAAUUCAAAAUGGAGUCCUGCAAUCCUGUUAACACUCCCGUGGCGAUCGGUCAAGAAUUAAGGAAGCAUGAUGGUGAAGCUGAGGUGGAUCCAACUUACUUCAAAAGCCUCGUUGGAAGUUUACGAUAUAUAACGUGCACUAGGCCCGAUAUUCUCUAUGGAGUUGGAUUAAUCAGCAGAUACAUGGAAACGCCGUCACAAUCUCAUUUGAAUGCAGUUAAGAGGAUUUUGCGCUAUAUUAAAGGUACGCUGAAUGAAGGUAUAUUUUAUCCCUUUAAUCAAGAAGUUAAGCUCAUUGGUUAUUCGGAUAGCGAUUGGGGAAGAGACUUGGAUGAAAGAAAGAGCACUACCGGCUACUGUUUUUAUAUUGGAGAUGCUGUCUUUACUUGGUCGUCAAAGAAGCAAGCUAUAGUGACACUCUCAACAUGUGAAGCUGAGUAUGUUGCAGCAAGUUCAACGGUGUGCCAUUGCAUUUGGUUGAGAAAUUUAUUAACUUUUCUGGGAUUCGCGCAACAAGGCCCGACAGAGAUACGUGUUGAUAAUAAGUCUGCAAUAGCACUUGCUAAAAAUCCAGUGUUCCACGGAAGAAGUAAACAUAUUGAUACUCGUUAUCAUUUUAUUCGGGAACACGUGAACCAAAAUGAUGUGGAGCUAGUGUACUGCAAGUCACAAGAUCAAAUUGCUGACAUUUUUACGAAGCCACUAAAACAGGAUGUCUUUAGAAGAUUGAAAUUUAUGCUUGGCAUGAAAACCUUGAAGAAUUGAGUUUAAGGGAGGAUGUUGAGUUUAUUAAACUCAAUUACUUCAAGAUUAAGAAAAAGUGAUGAAGUAGGUGCAUCACCUAGUUAUUAUACGUGGAUGAUUUUUGUUUCCUCAUGGCUACAUGAAAGCCACGUACCAUAUUGAUAAUUAGGUGGUGUAGGUAGUGGAUUACAUUUGUUUUCUUCCUAAUUAAGCUAUGAUGAUGUGUAUUGUAGCUAGCUAGUUUUGAAUCUCUAUAAAUAGGGGUAGUAGUAGUUUAAUGUAAUCAAUCAAGAGAAAAGGAAGUGGUGAAUUGAGAGAAAGAGCCGUAGCUCAUAGAUAAACAGUGAGAGUUUGUAGUGCUGAAGCACAUCUUUUUGUUUUUGUAUUUUGUAAUCCUUUUGUGAGAAGCUUAUUAAUACUUAUCCUCCAUAUUU